AUGGGUCGAGAAGGAGGCUUUCAAUUCGCCAUAGACCGGGGCGGCACUUUCACCGACAUCUAUGCAAGAUGCCCUGGCGGAAAGAUUCGAGUGAUGAAGUUGCUGUCGGUGGAUCCCUCCAACUACCAAGAUGCGCCCAGGGAAGGCAUUCGCAGGAUACUGGAACAGGAGCUUGGGAAAAAAAUGCCUGCUAACGAACCUGUUGAUGGAAGCCAUAUUGACUGGAUACGGAUGGGAACAACUGUUGCGACCAAUGCUCUUUUGGAGCGUAAAGGAGAACGCAUGGCAUUGGUCAUUACCAAGGGUUUCAAAGACGUUUUGUAUAUCGGCAAUCAAGCUCGGCCUAAAAUCUUUGAUCUGUCCAUUACUGUGCCAGAGGUAUUGUAUUCUGAAGUAGUUGAAGUUGAUGCUAGAGUGGUACCUGCUCAAGAAGACCGAUGUCAACUCGGAGAGGAGUCUCGUAGCUGGGCACGAAUAGCAAGCACAACAGGAGAUAAACUCUUGGUUGCCAAAGAGCCUGACCUUGAAUCUCUCAAGCCAAAGCUUCAAAAUCUGCUUGACAAUGGAAUCACUAGCUUGGCUGUUGUGCUCAUGCACUCUUACAUGCACAAAGAUCAUGAGCUGGCUAUUGGAAAAUUAGCCACAAAAUUGGGAUUUAGCCACGUAUCACUUUCUCAUCAAGUUAUGCCUAUGGUUCGUAUUGUGUCAAGAGGUUUUACAGCUUGUGCUGAUGCUUAUCUGACUCCUCACAUCAAGAAAUAUGUGCAGGGGUUUGUUGCUGGAUUUAAAAAUAACUUAGAUGGUGUGAAUGUGCUGUUCAUGCAAAGUGAUGGAGGUCUUACACCAAUGGAUAUGUUUAUUGGAUCAAGAGCAAUUUUGUCUGGACCCGCUGGAGGUGUUGUUGGGUAUGCAGUCACUUCGUAUCACCUAGAAGGGUCCUCUGACAAAGAAAGGCUACCUGUAAUUGGAUUUGACAUGGGCGGUACAUCCACUGAUGUCAGUCGAUAUGCUGGACACUAUGAGCAUGUAUUUGAAGCAACCACAGCUGGCAUCACUGUUCAAGCUCCCCAAUUGGAUGUGAACACAGUAGCUGCUGGUGGGGGCUCAAUGCUUUUCUUCCGCUCUGGCCUAUUUGUAGUGGGACCUGAAUCUGCUGGGGCCCACCCUGGGCCGGUUUGCUACCGCAAAGGUGGACCACUGACGGUUACUGAUGCAAACUUGUGUUUGGGAAGAUUGUUACCAGAAUAUUUCCCAAAGAUCUUUGGACCAACCGAAGACCAGCCUCUUGAUAGGGAGCAAACUAUUGCAGCCUUUCAAGCACUAUCCUCUGAGGUGAAUCAAUUUUUAUCAAAAAGUCAAGAAGAUAUCUCAAAUAAGAAAAUGUCAAUGAAUGAAGUUGCUAUGGGUUUUAUAAAUGUAGCAAAUGAAGCUAUGUGCCGUCCCAUCCGCGCAUUGACUCAGGCCAAAGGAUAUGACACUAGUAGACAUGUUUUGGCAUGCUUUGGAGGAGCAGGGGGCCAACAUGCUUGUGCAAUUGCUCGGUCUCUCGGAAUGAGCAAAGUUCGAGUCCACAAAUAUGCUGGUAUUUUGUCUGCAUAUGGUAUGGCUCUUGCGGAUGUUGUCCAUGAAGCUCAAGAGCCGUGUUCCCUAAAGUACACAUCAGAAAAUUUUGCAUCAAUUGAUGUAAGGCUUUUAGCCUUGACCAAAACCUGUGAGCAAGAAUUGGAAAAGCAAGGUUUUACUAGUGAUCAAAUCGAAACUGAGCCUUACCUGCAUCUUCGUUACAACGGAACUGAUUGUGCUCUAAUGUGUGGUCCAGCUGUUGCUGCCAAGGACAAAAGUUCUUUGUGCACUAAUGGGGACUUUAUGCAGACCUUCCUCAAGAGAUACCAAAUGGAAUUUGGAUUUGUGUUAACUGGAAGAGAUGUUGUGGUGGAUGACAUAAGAGUGAGAGGGGUUGGGAAAUCAUUCCCUUCUGAAGAGAUUCCCAUUGAUGUGGAAGAAUCAUCACCUGAGGCUGAGAAGGAAACACAAGUCUACUUUAGUGGUGGCUUCAUGUCAACAAGUGUCUACCACCUUGAGAGAUUAAAGGCAGGCCAUAAAAUAAGUGGCCCUGCUAUAAUUAUGGAUAAAUUAAGUACCAUUCUUGUUGAGCCAGAUUGCAUAGCAGUGGUGACAAAAACAGGCAAUCUUGAAAUAACGAUUGGUACUGGAAUGGUCAAUCAAGUUGGACCCGAGUUAGACUCAAUUCAACUCAGUAUUUUUUCUCACCGUUUCAUGAGUAUUGCAGAGCAGAUGGGACGUGUGCUUCAAAGAACAGCCAUUUCCACUAACAUCAAAGAGCGCUUGGAUUUUUCCUGUGCUCUGUUUGGUCCUGAUGGUGGUUUGGUGUCCAAUGCUCCUCACAUUCCAGUACACCUUGGUGCAAUGCAGGAAACUGUCCAAUAUCAGUUGCGUCGAAGAGGAGGUGAUCUUCAGGAUGGCGAUGUGAUACUGUCCAACCAUCCGUCUGCAGGGGGCUCCCAUCUCCCCGACUUCACUGUCAUCACCCCUGUUUUUCGAAAAGGCUCUCCACGAGCAAUAUUCUUUGUGGCAUCUCGUGGACACCACGCUGAUAUUGGUGGCAUCACCCCAGGUUCAAUGCCUCCACACUCAAAGUCUCUUCUGGAGGAAGGCGCAACUUUCAAAAGCUUCUUGCUUGUCCGCAAUGGAGAAUUCCGGGAGCAACGUCUCAUAGAGAGAUUGAUGGCCCCUGGAUCCGUGCCUGGGAGCUCUGGCACACGGAAUCUGCAGGACAAUCUGUCUGAUCUCAGAGCUCAAAUUGCUGCCAAUCAAAAGGGCUCUCAUCUAGUCAAUGAGCUUAUUGACCAAUAUGGGUUAGUGGUGGUGCAAGCAUACAUGGCGUACAUUCAAAGUAAUGCUGAAGUUGCUGUUCGCAACAUGCUGAGAGAAAUUGGCAAGCGCUCAUUGGAAAUGACUGGGAAGACUGUUCUGUCUGCAUAUGACUGCAUGGAUGAUGGUUCGCCCAUCAAAUUGACUGUGAAUAUAGAUUUAGAGCAAGGUUCAGCUCUGUGUGAUUUUACGGGUUCUGGAUAUGAAGUGUGGGGCAACUGCAAUGCUCCCAGAGCUAUCACCCUGUCUGCUCUGAUUUAUUGCUUACGUUGCAUGGUUGGUCAUGAUGUUCCUCUCAACCAGGGUUGCCUUGCACCUAUUAAAGUUGUGAUUCCAAAAGGAUCAAUCCUAGAUCCUUCAGAAACGGCAGCGGUAGUUGGGGGUAACGUCCUUACAUCUCAGCGAAUUGUUGAUGUUGUUCUUAAGGCCUUUGAUGUCUGUGCCGCAUCCCAGGGCUGUAUGAAUAAUGUCACUUUUGGUGAAGAAGGCUAUGGUUACUAUGAAACUGUGGGUGGAGGUGCAGGAGCUGGACCUGGUUGGAAUGGGCGAAGUGGUGUUCAUACUCAUAUGACCAACACACGGAUAACUGAUCCAGAAAUCUUGGAGCAAAGAUAUCCUGUAAUCCUCCGCAAAUUUGGACUUCGGCCUAAUUCUGGAGGACUGGGACAAUUCAGAGGAGGUGAUGGCAUUUUACGUGAACUUCAGUUCAGAAGAAAUAUGACCUUGUCCAUCUUGACUGAACGACGUGUGUUUGCCCCAUAUGGUUUACAUGGAGGUGGAGAUGGUCAAAAAGGAUUAAAUUUGAUGCUCAAAGCAGACGGUCGUGUGAUUUACCUAGGAUCUAAGACUGCGAUUAAUGUUGAGCCUGGGGAUGUCUUCCAGCUGAACGCUCCAGGGGGCGGAGGAUAUGGACCAUCUGAUAAAGAUGGUAAGCCUUUGGUGCAACAGAACAACAAGCACAUUGAACGUGGAAGUGUCUUCGAAUACCAACAAGCACAAUUAUCGGUCUAAAGUUUGUUUAAACACUGCUUGUAAAAUGUUUAUUGAAAGACAAAGAUGUACCUGAACCAAGUCCAGAAUCAUUGCUUGCUUUGGGUUGAUUGAUGUGAUUAACCCAAGGUGAAGCAGCCAAAACCUUGUGAUCAUUUGUUUUACUGUUAAUAUGUGAGGAAUUUCACUUGUUUUAUCUUGCAACUGGAAGAAACCAGACUGCGAUUUCUGUUUUUAGCUUUUGUUGUUGUUUUGACUUACCACAAAUUUUAUUUUACUGUUGUUUGGAUAAAAUUUGAAUCUUUAUGCAGUACUAUGCUAUAUUGUUUUAAAUGUCAUUAUUGGGUAAAACUCAUUUUUAAGAAAGAACUUUUAGGCAAAAUCAAAUCAAUUCAUUUAUCCCUAUUAUUUUCUUUGUAAUUAACACAGCUUAGAGAUAUUGUUAAAAUUGAAUAAAACAAAUUUCCAUAAAA